AUGACUGACCGUCACGAUCGUUCCAGUGUGCCGACGAUGAAACCGACCGGUGACGUGUUGGCCGCCCUGCGCAAGCGGAUGAAAACUCUGCCGAACAAUCUCGGCACGAUCAACGCGUAUAUCAUACCGUCGAACGAUGCACACCAGAGCGAAUAUCUGGCAGCACGGGACGAACGGCGUGCGUUCGUGUCCGGGUUUGAUGGUAGCGCCGGUACGGCGGUGGUGACCGAGCGCGAAGCGCUGCUGUGGACCGACGGUCGCUACUAUCAGCAGGCAACGAAGCAGCUCGAUACGAACUGGACGCUGAUGCGGGACGGUCUACCGACCACACCGUCGAUCGAUGCGUGGCUAGCGAAGGCGCUUCAGCCCGGUUCGAGGGUGGGUGUCGAUGCGAAUCUGAUCACUGCUGCCGCCUGGACACCGCUGCAAACGUCGCUGAAGACGGCCGGCUGUACAUUGCUGCCGGUUACGCCUAAUCUGGUCGAUCUGGUGUGGUCGGAUCAACCGGCCGUGCCGCAUAAUCCACUGCUACCGCUAGCGAUCACCUUCACCGGGGCAACGGUGGCGGAGAAGCUUGCUACGGUGCGGGAAAAACUGACGGAUAAGCGUGCGUCCGUGCUGGUGGUGAGCGCGCUAGAUGAGAUCGCCUGGCUGCUGAAUCUGCGUGGCAGUGACAUUGACUACAAUCCCGUGUUCUUCUCGUACGUGAUUGUGACACCGGACAUGCUGUACCUGUUUAUCAAUCCGGCCCAGAUGCAGCCUCAGGUGGAGGAACACUUCCGUGCGAACGGUGUGACGGUUGAGGUGCGUGGGUACGGUGAAAUACAUACGGUACUGAAGGAGCUGGCCGAGAGUAAGCCACCACCGGCCGGCGGUGGUCCACUGGUGUGGAUUAGCUCCGGUUCGAGCUACUCGCUGGUUGCGCUAGUGCCAGAGGAACGCCGACUGCACGACAUUACGCCCAUCAACCUGAUGAAAGCGGUUAAGAACGAAACGGAAGCAAACGGUAUGCGGGAGUGUCACGUGCGCGACGGUGUCGCCCUCUGUCAGUACUUUGCCUGGUUGGAGCGCUGUAUGCGUGACGGCACGGCGGUAGACGAGAUCAGUGGGGCGUCCAAGCUGGAGGAACUGCGCAGCCGUCAGGCACACUACAAGGGAUUGAGCUUCACCACGAUCAGCGCUUCCGGACCGAACGGUUCGAUCAUCCACUAUCACCCACUGCCGGAAACGAACCGCCCAAUAACGGUCGAGGAGCUGUAUUUGUGUGAUUCGGGUGCCCAGUAUCUCGAUGGCACCACCGAUGUCACACGCACGAUGCAUUUCGGUCAACCGACCGCGGAGGAGAUACGCGCAUUUACGCACGUGCUGAAGGGCCAGAUGGCGCUCGGUUGUGCCAUCUUUCCCCGCAAGGUGAAAGGCCAGUUUUUGGACACGAUCGCACGGAAAGCGCUCUGGGAUAUUGGGCUCGAUUAUGGGCAUGGUACCGGCCACGGUAUUGGUCACUUUCUGAACGUGCACGAAGGCCCGAUGGGCAUCGGCAUACGUCUGAUGCCGAACGAUCCAGGAAUCGAGGAGAAUAUGUUCCUUUCGAACGAACCCGGUUACUACAAGGACGGAAAGUUUGGAAUACGCAUCGAGGAUAUCGUGCAGGUGGUAACGGCUAACGUUGGCACCAACUUCGAUGGGCGUGGUGCGCUCACCUUCCGCACGAUCACGAUGUGCCCGAUCCAGACGCGCCUUAUCGACGUCAAACUGUUGACGGAGCGCGAACGCGACCAACUGAAUGCGUACCAUCAAACCGUACUGGACACGCUUGGGCCACUGUUGCGUGCCGCCAACGACAUGGAAACGCUCGACUGGCUGGUGCGUGAAACGGCACCGAUUUAA